AAAUCACAAUAAUAGCACCGUCUCUAAGCAUCACACUCUUCUCAGCUAUCAACAAUCCAAACCAUACGCACCCAAAAAAAUAAAUAAAUAAAACAUGUGCCCAACCAAACAGAAACACCGGAAUUCCGGCAAGGAAUCCGCCGUCUUCAGAUCCACCUCCACUGCCUCCACCACCACCUCCUCCACAGGCUGCUGGAUCUCCGAGUCAAUCAACGGCGGAUCCCUCCGCCGUGUAGAGCUUGACGAUGGUACAAACGGCUGGGCGUCACCUCCAGGUGAGCUAUUCUCACUCCGUUCAAAUAAUUACUUCACUAAACGGCAAAAAACCGCCGCCACAGGCGGCUAUUUACUCUCGCCAGCCGGUAUGGACUGGCUGAAGUCGAGUACGAAGCUCGAAAACGUACUCGCGCGUCCCGAUAACCGCGUGGCUCUCGCUCUUAAAAAAUCACAAUCGGAAGGAAAAUCGUUAAAAAGUUUUAUAUUCGCCGUUAAUCUUCAAGUUCCUGGUAAAGAACAGCACAGUGCGGUGUUUUACUUUGCGACGGAGGAUCCAAUCCCUAACGGCUCGUUGCUGUAUCGUUUUAUCAACGGCGACGACGCGUAUAGGAAUCAACGGUUUAAAAUCGUGAACAGAAUCGUUAAAGGACCGUGGAUAGUGAAAAAAACAGUAGGUAAUUACAGCGCGUGCUUGUUAGGGAAGGCUUUAACUUGUAAUUAUCACAGAGGAGUAAAUUAUUUGGAGAUUGAUGUUGAUAUAGGUAGCUCUAAAAUAGCUACUGCGAUUUUACAUCUUGCAUUGGGAUACGUGACGAGCGUUACUAUUGAUAUGGGAUUUGUCGUCGAAGCUCAGGCGGAAGAUGAGUUGCCGGAGAAAUUAAUUGGUGCAAUUAGGGUUUGUCAGAUGGAGAUGUCGUCGGCGACGGUUGUUGACGGGAAUGGAAGUAAUACGGUUGCGGUGGCGCGGGGAUUAGGUCAUGCGAAAGUGGAACACCAUGAGUCGGGGGAUGAUGAUAAAGAAAACGACGACGCAUAACGCAUGCUUUUUCUUUUUCUUUUUAUAUUUGGUUUUAUUAAUCUGUUAUUAUGUUGGGUUUCCUUUUCGAUGGGGCGUAUGGAUGGAUGGCUGUAGAUAAUAAGUGAUUAACCAAUAACCAUUUAAGGAUUAUUGUUAUUUUUAAUUUUAAUCUUCUUUUUUAAUGAAACUUACUUCGUUACAAA